GACGCGGAUCAGCGAGUGACAGGGUCGGCGGCUUGGUUACUUCCGGAUUCCCUGUGAAGCAGAGGGGCUGAAAAUGUUACUGCAGCGGCAGAGGCUCGGGAGCUGAUGUUAGCAUACGGGACAGCAGCGUGCAGACACACUGGCACCUAAGAAAACACUUCUGAGUAGUUUUGCCACUUAUGGGCUCAUCGCUAAUCGGGUUUUAUUUUCUCACCGGGACGAUUUCGGAGUCUUUCACUCUGUAAGUCCAUGCAGGCUGAGUCUCAUCUCAUCUCAUCCUCCUGCUCCUCGGAUCCGUGAUGUCCCAUCUCUCCCUCGGGGUGAUCGUGCUCUGAAUUGACACAGUGACAUUUCACAAGUGUUGGACGCAGUGAGGACGAGUGCACACUCCCUCACUCCCCUGGCGUGAGGUGUCCUGGAAGAUAAAGCGAGUUCUGCUGGACAUCUCCCACUGGCAUCACUAACAACAUGGACUGGCUGAUGGGGAAGUCCAAAACGAAGCCUAAUGGAAAGAAGCCUCCUGCUGAGGAGAAGAAACACUAUCUGGAGCCGGAGUACACUAAAGUGCGGGUGGUGGACUUUGACCUCAAAGACCUUGUGGUGCUGCCCAGAGAGAUAGAUCGUAAUGAAUGGCUGGCCAGCAACACAACAACGUUCUUCAAUCUCAUCAACCUGCAGUAUAGCACAAUCUCAGAGUUUUGCACUGGUGACACAUGUCAAGCCAUGGCAGCAUGUAACACAAUAUACUACUGGUACGAUGAGAGAGGGAAGAAGACCAAGUGUACAGCACCUCAGUAUGUGGACUUGGUCAUGAGUCUAGUACAGAAACUUGUGACAGAUGAAGAAAUCUUCCCAACAAAAUAUGGUAAAGAGUUCCCCAACUCAUUCGAGUCUCUAGUGAAGAAGAUCUGCCGGUUCCUGUUCCAUGUGCUGGCACACAUCUACUGGGCGCACUUUAAGGAGACGGUGGCUUUAGAUCUGCAUGGACACUUAAACACGCUGUACGCACAUUUCAUUGUCUUUGUGAGGGAAUUCAAUCUGGUCGACCCCAAGGAGACGUGCAUCAUGGACGACCUGUCGGAGGUGCUGUGCACUCCUCUGCCCUCCUCCCCCCAACAGAACCACGUGACCGAAAGAUGAGCCACAACCAUCGAGCCACCAAGUGAGGAAGAGGAGGCUGGAUUGAGAAUGCGAGCCCUCAGGAGGGCUGGGUCUGCUCGCAUGACUCUCACACACCCUUUGACCAUUUAACCAUCAUAAAAACUAGUCAGAGGGAGAAAGAGGGGGGAUGGCUGUGCCUCCCUUCAGCACGCACUAGUGGAAAUAGCCCCACCUACCUUCUUUGCAGUCUAAGAACAAUGGGUGCUUUUUUUUUUUUUUUUAUUUGUAUUUAUUUCUGCUCACAUUCUUGGAGAAUGUGGUGUUUAACAAGGAUUUUUGAUUUGGCCCUUAAUGUCUAAUACACAAGACUACAGUAUAGUCACCUGAUAUUAGACCGUUAUAUAGAAAUUUCUUGUACCCCAGUGCCCCCAUGUGGAGGGACAAAUUAUAAAAUGGUGCCAGCUGUCCUUUAGUACUUCAUGACUGGGACCUGGAUCUGCACUGUGACCAGUUCUCCGUUCAUGUGCAUCUCCCUGUGCCGUCUGUCUCUCUUAUUCUUGUGUUCUUAGUUCAGGUUCUUCCUUGUGGGCUGUCUUGUAUUUUUUUUAUUUUUUAUUUUAUUUUUUUUGAGUUUUAAGAGGUUAUGCAAUAAUUAAACAGCAGAAAUGAAUGUUCAGCUUGAUGCUGUAGAAUGUUGCCUUUGGUGAGACUGCUGGCAUGCCUGUAGAUGGUACAAUCCAUUUCUGGCCUGCACAGAAAAUCUCAAGAGUUCACCAUUAUUGUGGCAAUCGAUAUGCUGUAUCAUACUGAGGAUGCAUCCUCCAGGGUUGUUUUUUUUUUUUAAUCUUUUUAUGCUAUCAGAGGUCAUUAAAAUUAUCAGCCUACACGUGUAGCAUAUGCACAUUCUGCUUGCAUUUUUAUUAAAAUAGACUAUAAUGUUGAAAUAACUAUAUAUAAAGAAAUUGCAGGUGGAUUACGUCAAAAUAGCGCCUCCGUGGAGGGGGAUUGGUUUUCCUGUCAUUUUAUUUAUUUUGACUGUAUAUUUGCAGGGUUCUUCAGUUCUGGCUUUCAUUUUUAUGUAUUUUAAUGAUCUAAGUUAAAGCAAUUUAUAUUUUAAGCUCUGCAAAUUAUAAUCUAAUAAAACAAAUGCCAACCUGA